UGGAGGAUUACAAUGAUGGGAACAACGUUCAUAGACCAUGCACCAGGGAGGCCCGAGCCGGACACGGUUCGCUGUCUUAUCGCCGAACAGUUUACAAGUAGUUGGCACCGCGCAUGGUUUUGUUAACAGUGGGAGAUUACACCAUGGAUGUGUACUGGGAUGGUAUCGAUAUCUGGGCUUCGCGUAGAGCGGCUUGUCGUGUGUAUCGCACAUCGUCUGGGCUCGGAAGCAUGUUGCAGUGUUUGAUCACUUUCCUUGCUGCGAUCUUGCUUACAUCGGUGCGGCUCCAAUGAAAGCGCAGGUGUCUCAAGAGAGCAGCUGGUCGCACCCAAUGGAUUCUGUAUUCAAGGAAAUCGUGGAGUUGGUGAAGGCUUUGCGUACGGAGCAGCCGGCCGCAUCCGCCAUCCGGCGUGCCGAGGCCGUGCAGGCGCAUCUGCAGGCGGUGCAGCAGCGCGCCGUGGCGCAGCUCGAGGGCUGGAGCGGGCCCUACUCCUCGGACGCAGGCCAGUAUUACUACAACGCGACUCUCGGCGUGAGCACGUGGGACAAUCCUGUGGAAGAGUGGCAGCAGGAGCUCCUCAUCAGGCAGCAGGUGCUGCAGAGGUGCCUGCUCCCGGACCAGAAGCCGCACGGCGCCCUCCUCGCGGACGGCGGGGGCGUCGUGGGCCUCACGCCGCUGCCCCUCGGGCUCGCCGCUCCGACCGCCGACGCCGUCAUGAAACCGCCGGUGUCCCCGUCGUCGGCGCGCUCCUUCGCGACGGCCCGCUCUGGCUGCUCAGCGCGCACUGCCGGGGUGAAAUCGCCCAGG